CCCGGCGGCGGAGGCGGGCACGGCUGCACCUGCCGGCACGGCUCGGCUCGGCUCGGCACGGCUCAGCACAGCUCAGCCCAGCCAUGCCGGCAGCCACGGCGCCGGGCCCGGAGGUGCCGCGGAGCGCUGCGCCCGGGCGGGACGGCGGCGGCCCCCCCCGCGGCUACACAGGACAGUGCAGCCGCAUAUUUCCUCCCCAGCUUGGCACACUGGAGAUCAUUCACGGCAACGGCACUGCUGUGGGGACGGUCAUCGCCUUCCAGUGCUCAGCCGAGCACCAGCUGGAGGGGCCGGGCGUCAUCACCUGCGUGUGGAAAGGGAACGGGACCCAGUGGACCGCAGGCAUGCCCUCCUGCAAGCCCAUAUCAAAAUAUGAGACUUUUGGAUUUAAGGUCGCAGUGAUUGCCUCCAUUGUGAGCUGUGCCAUCAUUCUGCUGAUGUCUAUGGCUUUUUUAACCUGUUGUCUCAUCAAGUGUGUGAAGAAAAAUGAAAGGAGGAGGACUGAAAGAGAUAUGCAGCUGUGGUACCAGCUCAGAACUGAAGAACUAGAGAACAUGCAAGCUGCUUACUUUGGUUAUAAAGGAAGAAAUAACAACAACAACAACAAGAAACUCAGGAAUAAAUCUGUAUUUGAUGACGUGACUAACAUGGCAUAUGAUAACCAAGGUUUCUACAGAAAAAUGGAGAGCUUAUAGAUCUCCAGUGGGAAAAAGCAGAGGGCAGGAGGAUAAUGCCUGUGAGCUCUUUGGUUUUCCUGCAUGGAACAAUGCAGAUGCCAUGUUCAGCACCAGUGUGCGUUACCACCCUUCUGGUACACGAGAGUCACUGUUAAUCAAGGCCUGCUGGACUUUGUGGUGCAGAGGUGGUGUGAUCCUGGCUAAUCGCUAACUAGAGCAAAAAUCAGCCAGAAGAGCCGGUGUAUCAGGCUGAGCGCACCAGAGCCAACAGUCUAGCGUAGUCCUCCAUAGAGAAUGGAAGCUGCUUCUAAUCAGAGAUAGAAAUGGAAUUUCAGCUGUUACAGACUUAAUAGAACUGUCUUGGAAUCGCUCUAGGAACAAGCGUGACCUGUUAUCUGUUCGUGCCACGCUCCCUUUCUUCACCCAAAUAAGAUCUACUUAAUCAGGGUUAGUAAAGAUGUUCAUUUCUCCUGUUUAAUUCUGUUAAAUGCACAUACGUGCGCAGGAUGAGAUAUGGAAAUUAUGCUGACGCCUCUCAUGCCGCAUCUGGAAGACGGCAAGUGGUCUGUCAGCUCUGUGCUUCGCUUGUGAGGCUUCAUUUUCGUGUGUAACCAUCAGGCCAGGUCUCCCCAUCAGGUGCCCAGGCCUUGCUGCCAGCAGCAGGAUGGCACGGGGCAGGUGGAGCUGGCUUGUGCUGUGAGGACUGCUGGCCUGAGAGAUGUUUACUGCCCGGUUAUUUCUGUGGUGCCUUUCUCCAUUUAAUGGGAAGCACGCUGUUGGCAGCCUCUGUCUGAGGCAUUUCCUACCUGUGCGUGCGGUGCCGUGGUGUUACGGCCUGCAUUGUCUGAGGCAACGGGCAAAGGCGUUUGGCAUGGUUGGAAAACACAGCAAGUACGAGGGCAAGCGAGCCCAGAAGAAAACUUAAAUAUAUUGUCUGAGAACUGAAGUGUGCGUACAUGGUCCUGGACAAACCAAAAGGUAAUUUAACUGAGGCUUGUGCUAAUGUUUCGGACAUCUGGAGGAAUUUGUGCAACAUACUGCUAGGCCUCUAGCGGAGUCGGGAAUCCUGCUUUGUUUUUCUCAUAAGGAACUGCACUAAGAUAAAAUGGGAGGCCGCCGCUUGUCAGCCUGCCCUUUUCCUGAGGGCUGCCAGGACGUCUCUGGGUUGUGGUGGGAGAUGUGGCACCGGGCUCCUCGCCCCAGAAGGGCAGGCAGGGGAUCAGCGAGUGACGCCGUUUUUACCACGACAUUUCCCUUCUGUGCAGAAGGUUGUUGUGCUGCUUUGGUCUGGAAGAGUUGGGAAUGCCUCCACCCUUGAAGAAGACCCUCUUGAGUGUGUCUCAGCCUAUUUUUGGCUAGACAAGGAUGUAGGUUGUGCUGCCUUUCAGACUUAAUUGAAAUAGGUCUAGGGACUAACCGUGUAACAUCUUGGUUUGCCACUCUAUGGAACAAAAAUACUGUAGGAAUAAAUAAAAUAAAAAGCCAGUUCUUUCAGGCAGGUAAGGUAUUGGUUAUGUUUUAUAGAGUAAGGAGUAAAACUAUAAUUUGUUAAAGUGAUACCUUUGUUUGCUGAUGAGAUAAUUUUGACUGUAAUGAGGUGCCAUAACAGAGAUCCAGAAUGCUGACAUAGAAGUUAUAAAUAAUACAGGAGCCCAGCUGUUGGACAGCAGAGGCUCCAGCGCAUUGUUCUGGGCCUGCCUGCCAUGAAAUGAGGUCCUUUUUCCCCUUGUGUUUGAAGCUUGGAACAAAUGUGAUGAAUAUGUAGUUUUGCUGGGAAAUAUUGAAUUUUAAUGACAACUCCUGUAAUUAUAAUGAACCCCAUUCUGGCUGCUUGGGUGCACGAACAAGUUGCUUUAAAAUGCUGAGAAAUAGGUCUAAUGAGUACCUGGGAUCAUUACGGCGUAGUCUCUGUGGAUGCCACCUCUUUGGGGUGGAUAUAAGGAACCAUAAGGAGAUUUAAAAAAAAAAAAAACAAAUUGUAGCAGAAGCUCUUACAUGCAGGAGCUGCAAGCGUUUACAGCAUGUUUACUCUUUUAUAAUGUUUGAAUAGUUAACUAACAUUGAGUAGCGAAUGGCAAGUUACAAGGCGCAGGGCUGCUGGGAGGGACGUGUUUUCCUCCACGUUGCUUCUCAGAUGUUUGGAGCCUGGAACAGAGAUAGCAGGUUGCUGCAGGAUGCAGGGGCUGGAGACAGAUUAGCUCGAGGAAAGGGUCUGUCAGCUCCUGGAGGGAGAUUAGCUGCAGCUCUGUGCCCGCAGCCAGAGGAGAGCAAUGCCCAACAGCCUGCGGAGCAGCCCCAGGAGGCAGCAAGGCAGAGGCAGGGCUUGUCACCACCGGCUGUACCGGGAGCAGCUCGCCCAGCCGGGGUGCAGGGUGCAGCCGGAGGGAAGUCUAAAAUCAGGAGCAUGUUCUGCAGCCUCUAGCAUUUUAAGAUUUAAGUCUUCCCAGUUCCGUGUGAGAAUGAAAGCAGGAUUGUUGAAGUCGUUCAUCCAAAGUGGGAGGCCUUCCUCAAAACAGCAGAUAGCGUCAUGUCUGCUUUGGAUUAGAUGGUCACCGUGGGUCUCACGGGGACAUUUGGUGUUGCUGGGAGCUAGCACGUGAAACGCCAUUCUGGAUUUAAGAGUUUUUUUGCAAUUGGUAUGUUCCUAAGCAGUAAAUAUUGGUUUUGAGUCAGUUCUUUUCUAAUGAAAAAAUAUUUUUCCUUCCCAAAAUGACCCCACAGAAUCUUUCUCUGGGAUAAUUCACCUGGGCAAGCACUGCCUGAGAUGAGCAGUCCUCCUCCAACCCCAGCAAACACCUCUGUGGGCUGCAAGGCUGCCAGGGCCAUCAGUCCUCUGCCUCCUCACGGCACAGGCAGUGUGUCAGUAACGGGGAGCCUAACGACGCUGUCCUGCCUCUGCGCCAGCUGCUCAUGGUGUCUGAGAGAGGGAGGUGAACACCAGCAAGGGGGGAUAUUUAAGACACCGGUGUCGAUAAGAAGAGCGGGGUCACCCUAGCAUACUGCUGCCCUGGGCUGUGUGUAGCUGUCCCGCUGGGACAAGUUCGUUCCUGCAAUCCCCUGCCUGCACUAAGGCAGAGAAGUUCGGCAGCUUGAAACAGCAGCCGCCUCUCUUCCAUGAAGCAGUGCUAGCCCUGCCUCUGUGAGGAGUCACGAAAAUGUGCCCCAUCUAGCAAAACCAUGGUGAGGGCAAACUGUGUUUGGCAUCCACACUCAGUAAAAACACAGAUGCUGCUUGUGCCAUAGCACGAUUGUUCAUCUGCACAUGAGAAAGACAGCUGUCCCAGGAGAAAUGCUUAGAAGUAGUAGUAAGAAAAAGCAGAGAGAGCUUGUUUCAGUUUGCAUCAACUUCCUAAUUACGGUAAGAAAUAGCCACACCUAGGGAGGCCUCUAUUUUCUUUGCUUUUUCAGCAUAGCAGGCCUGUGACCUGUGCUGGGCUAGGCACUCCCUUGAUUCAGGGCUGUGCUGUUAUUUUGCAAGGGCGAGUUGAUGGUCCGGUAUUUUCCACGCUCAGGAAGAGCUGAAUUUAACUGGAGACUGACUCCUUUUCAUCUUCUGUCAGCUAAGAGGACAACCAGAAAGAAACUAGCCCAGCUCAAAAAUUCAUCUAAAGAGCAGCAAAGAAAUUCGGUGAUUUUUUUUUUUUUUUUUUUUCCCUGGUGUGGAAGCAUUUGGAAGAAGCCAUGCAUUCAAGAUUUGGACUAUGCUGAGGUGAAUUAUUUUACAGAGCUCUAGGCCAACUUAUAAAACAUUCUCUAUGAAGUAGUGAUCUGAGUGCAGGAGUGAGUCAAAUGGAAAAGCCCAUGUCUCAGUAGGUUUAAAGUCCUCCUGUCAGAUAUCCACUACAGCUGGAGCUUAUUAUCAAGAAGAGAAAACGUCUUCUGCAGAGAAGCAGGGUAGUAUAUUCUCCCACAGAAAGUAUUUUUAGUGUCUGAAAUUUUUGUACCAGAGCCCUUUCUGACUACAAGAUGCAUUACCAGUGUACCUGGCAAAAAGCAGGUAAGGGCAAUCCAACAACAAAGAUGUCCAAGUGAAAAGAUUUUGCAAAACUAAAAAUGAACCCAAAAAAAGCCAACGUGCUCUUAGGAGAGGCAGCCUGGCAUUUGAGUCAGUCCAAGAAACCAUACGUGGAGUUGGUGAAGUUAGCUCAUAGCUUUGGCCUCCACAGUAAAACAAAGUGCACUUUCUUUUUCCUUUUGAUUUAGUGACUAUAAUGGUUGAAGUUUUCCACUACCUUUUAUAAGGCAUUGCAUGGGAGGCGCAAAUCAGAAACUCAUGUUGCUCUAAAUAACAUUACUGUGUGCCCAGGCUUGCUGAGGAGCGUGGCUGUGGGCCAAAGGACCUCUAGAAGCAUGGACAAGUGGGGGAAUAAUACAUGGCCACAUUCCCACCUUUCCCUCUGCCCCCUGAGGGCACCUUCCCAGCUGCUCUUCCCCUCUGAACAUGUAAACAGAAGAGGUUAACAAGCUGAGGGACCUGAUGACCUUUCACUAGCAGGAUGGCCUUGUGUGGGUUUACCGCAGUGAAAGGGGAUGACACUUGAAGAAAGGCCCAUACUGAGAGACAAACUGCUGCAAAGCUUGAUGGAAAACAAAAGUAGAAGAAGAAAAAAAACCACCAGACCAGCCAGAAUGACUGUCAAAGCUCCCCAGCAGGAGUUGUAGCUCCAGAAGAUGCAGCAGGGGAAGAACCACGGGAGCAAACCAUCUACAAUAGCAGCUUACAAGCUUUGCAAGGCGGUUUGAGGUCCCCAAAGGCAUCUGCUGCAUCUAGCAAUGCCACAGAAGGCUUUUGGAAUUCCUACUGGGUUGUAUCUUCAGUAGAUCCAUCUUCAUAGUAGAAGUCCAAAUGCUGUGGGGCUGGCUGAAGAUACCUUUGCCUUGUGAAAGGUCAUCAAGCCUUUCCCCUACACAUAGAGCUGGAUCCCUGGUUCUGCCCGAAUUCUCUGUGCCGUGUCCUGACAACUCUGGCUGCACAGACGGAGAGCUCUGUGCUCAUUUUUUCCCCUCUGAGCCCAGCAGGGGCAGCUGGGCUCCCACCUGGGCCCAUGGUUGGGGUAACCACGUGUGGGUUACCCCCACACUUUGUGUCUGGCAUACCUGCAGUCUAGACAGAUGUGACGUCUGCUCCUGUUUCCAGGCCUGUUGAGAUGUUGUAAAGAAAAUAUUUUUUUAUUCUGGCAUUUCAAGGUGCUGUGUUCCUGCAUUGUUCGUUUUUAAAAGUCAUUCUGGGUAUGUGGCAGUGAAAAGUGUUUUCCUGAGGAAACUGAUUUAUCUGGGUGCUUUUGAAGGUCAGCUGUUUACCAGAGGGCCGGACCCCUCUCUCCCUCCAGAAAAUCACUGUUUUCUUUUAUGAUCAGCCUUGCUGUCAGGAAUUGCUUGGGUUUGUCUGAAAGCCCAGGCGUGCCGAGCUCAGGCCUGUGGGUCCCGCUGCCCGAGGACGUGGUGUGUGUGCGAGACGGUUCGCAGGGCGUCCUCGUCACCCUGCGCUGCCAUGGAUGUGGCCCUCCCCGCUCUGCUGCACGGCUUGGGUUGUGGAGAGCCAGCAGCGGGCUCCUCAGCUGCUGCAGGAAGAGGUGGGGAACUGAUGUUAAUUGAUAUUAAUUGCGCUCCAUGGAGCAUGCAGUGAAAGACUGCAAAUGGCAGGUGCCGCAUUUGGUUUGGUUCCCUGCAGAAGAGGGGUGACUGCAUGGCUCUGAGGAGUGGAGGGGAGGACACCCAGCUGGCGAAGGCACAGCAGAGGGGCAGAUUUCCUUUUCAAGCCCUUUCCGUAGAUCACUGCCCCCUGCAAGUUGUCCCACGUUGAGCUUCUCCAUUCGUUUUCCCCACGUCUGUUAUUACUGUGCUUUGUGCUUCCCCCACCUUUCAGAGGCUGGAGUCCUCCAGCACCUCCUGACACACCUAUUUCAAAGAAACACCAGGCAGAGGAAAUGAGCUGCGGUUUUGUCUUGGGGCCCUGUCACAAAAGGCAGGAUAGCUAGCUGCUAAAUUUGACCUAUUUCUGAAUUUCAGUCUUAAUUGUUGCUGCCAUGAGUGGGGAGGGUGUGUGCCCAGCACCAUGUGCUUUCAAUAAAGCUGCUAUUAUUGUUUUCCUAAUGAUUCCGUUAUUACCCCAGAGUAUUGUACAAAGUCACCAGACAUACAGCAACAGAAACCCCCCUCCCAACCUCCAGUGUAAAAAUCUCUUUUCCGAGCCUGUGCCAGCACCAGGCAGCACUGCCGUGGCCCCACUGCUCGGCUGUCCCGCUCACAGCACUUCCCUGAGGGCUAGGAUCAGCUCCCCAGCCCCAGAGCAAGGUCCUUGCGGAUCUCCUAAAACCACUGGCAGACGGUGUGGUGGCUGCUUGUCUCCCCAGACAGGAGAUCUGUCUUUAUUUCCCCUCCCAGUUCUACCAGUUUCACUGUGUCCGCCCACCGUCAGGGUGUCUCUGCAGUGUACUUUCCUAAAUUGUUCAGGAGUUACAGGACGCGUUUCCUGUUUGCUUAACAUAAUAGAAAUAAAAAUACAGUGAAAAAGAAAGUAGAACUGACCAAACCAAGAAAGCCUC